CGUAUGCGUGGCGGAAGCUCCAAGGUAUUUCCGACCAGGUGUGGCGGAGGCUCUAUUAUAUAUUUCCGGCUAAGUGUGGCGGAAUAGCCCAAGUCUUUCCGUCCGAGUGGACUCUGGCGCUGAGGUCGCUGUUAUGUGCCUGGUGUGACGCACGGUCCCCUUCUUGCCCCGGCAUGGUGUUGGGGGAUGCCGCGGUGGACGGUGCACUUGGAGGGGGGUCCGCGCAGGGUGAAUCAUGCUGCGGUGGCUGUGGGACAUCAGGUGUUUUCCUUUGGGGGUUACUGCUCAGGAGAGGACUACGACACUCUGCGCCAGAUCGAUGUGCAUGUCUUCAACGUUGUGUCUCUUCGAUGGAGGAAGCUCCCACCUGCCUCCUGCUCUCCAUCGAAGGUCCCGUACAUGAGAUACGGACACACCGCUGUACUGAUCGAUGAUGUCAUCUAUAUAUGGGGCGGCCGUAAUGAUACCGAAGGAGCCUGCAAUGUCCUUUAUACAUUUCACACAGGAAAUCAUCAGUGGGCAACUCCCGGUGUUACUGGUCGGAUUCCUGGAGCACGAGAUGGCCACUCAGCCUGCGUCCUGGAAAGGACUAUGUAUAUCUUUGGAGGAUAUGAACAGAUGGCUGACUGCUUCUCCAAUGAUAUCCACAAACUGGACACUAAGUUCAUGAACUGGUCCCUUGUCAAUGCCAAGGGAACCCCUGCUCGCUGGAGGGAUUUUCACUCGGCCACAGUGAUUGGGAAUCGGAUGUUUGUAUUUGGUGGUCGGGCGGACAGAUCGGGGCCGUUUCACUCCAACAACGAGAUUUACUGCAACCGAAUCUGUGUGUUUGACUUGGUGACAGAGAGCUGGGUAGAGGCUCCGCAGAGUACCCCACCGCUGGAGGGAAGGAGAAGCCACUCGGCAUUUGCGUACCGUGGAGAGCUGUAUGUCUUCGGUGGAUAUAAUGCUCGGCUGAACCGUCACUUUCAAGAUCUGUGGAAAUAUACCCCAGAGCUGGGGCGCUGGGUCCGCAUGGAGGUUCAGGGGAAGGGACCAUGUGCCCGACGCAGACAGUGCUGUUGCAUUGUGGGAGACAAGAUCUUGCUCUUUGGGGGCACCAGCCCGUCUCAGGAUCAGGAUAUCCAGGAUGGGUUUUACCUGAUGGAUCACUCGGACCUGUAUAUUCUGGACUUCAGUCCCAGCCUGAAGACUCUGUGUAAACUGGCCGUAUUACACUAUAACUUGGACCAGUCCUGCCUGCCCCAUGAUAUUCGGUGGGAGUUAUCCGCGAUGACGACCAACAGCAACAUCAGCCGCCCCCUGCUGUCUUCUCAUGGAUAGCGUGGCUCUGACCUCACGCAUCUUACAGCGACUUUUUGUACGGUAUCUCCUUAUCCUUUAUUAAUGAGACUCCUGUGCCGCCUUCUCAGAGCUGCAAUCUGUAAUCAAAAGACGGUAAAACAUGCACUUCUCCCCACGCUGAUGCUGAACGGACGGCUCCUGCCUGCAUACAUUGCGUUCAGGAGGGUUCGCUUUUAUUUGAUGCAUCUACAUUUCUUUCCAAGGCUCUCGGGGGGGCCCGACGUGCCGGUGCUGACUGCGGAUAAACACCCAAGUGUGUGAGGUGCCUGCGUUGCCUUAAUGAACAUGGACGACUGGAUUUGGGCGCUGCGCCCGCUUGCGUGCCAGCGUUCCCAAUGAGUGGGACAUCCGCUGUGAUCGUCAACAGCCAAGAGAUAAGUCAAGCAGUUUCCAGACUGUUGGCAGCUAUGAAAUAUAUAUUUGAUGUGAGACAUGCUCUGAAGCGUUAGGGCCACAUUAACCAACAUGAUUAUGCCGAGUGAUAUCCACAGGGUCUUCAGCCAUCCCACCUGGACACGACUUGCCCCACCCACAUCAAUAAAAAUGUAUAAUUUAAAUAAAAAAUAAAUCAAUCAUU